AAUAAAUAGAAUUGUUCAAUAAUAAAUAGUAGAAAAGUGAAAUAAAUAGAAUUGUUCAAUAAUAAAUGGUUUAAAUAUACUGACAAAUAUAUUUGACUAUCACGAAGAUAGAAAUAAUUACAUAGUUUGGCAUAAUUUACCGGUAAAUAAACUUGUAAAUUCUUAUUGCAAGAAAGUUCCUUUAGACACAUAAAACAAUUUUUUAUUUGUAAUUGUUUAAUUGAAAAUAAUGUCAACUAUCGUGCAAUACAUUAUUGUACGCAGUGAUUUAAAAUCUGCUUUAAAUUGGCCUCUGGGCGCCGUUAUUGCUCAAUGUUGCCAUGCUGCCACUGCCGUCAUGCACUUGCAUGCAGACGAUGACGCCACAAAAUCAUAUUUGGCGGAUCUAGAUAAUAUGCACAAAGUUGUAUUGGAAGCCAAAGAUGAAGCUGCUCUUACCAAAUUGGCCAACAAACUGAAAGAAAAUGAGAUUCAGCACAAAUUGUGGAUAGAACAACCUGAGAAUAUACCCACAUGCAUUGCCAUUAAGCCUUAUGUUAAGGAAGACGUCCAUAAAUAUGUUAAAAAUUUUAAACUAUUAAAAGAAUAAACUAAAAAGUGUAGACGUGGACCAGAUAUAA